AUUCGGAAACAUAUCGUAUAGUUCAGAGUAAGAGAAGCUCUUUGAAAUGGCGAGGCAAGCACAUUUACUGCUUAUUCCAUAUCCAGCACAAGGCCAUGUUCCACCUCUUCUGAAAUUGGCACAAAAGAUUGCUGAACGUGGAAUCAAGGUCACUUUUGUUAACACAGAGUUCAUCGAGGCCAAAAUCAUGGCUACUAUGCCGGAAAACGUUGAGAAGGGGAGCCUGAUAAGGUUUGUUUCGAUUCCAGAUGGAAUCGAACACGGUGAUGAUCGAAAUGACCCGUUUAAGACUAAAGAUUGUAUGUAUAGAGUCAUGCCAGGCCAUUUGAAGGAGCUGAUUGAGAAGAUUAACCAAUCUGAUCAAUGUGAGCCCAUCACUUGUGUUGUUGCUGAUAUUUGUCUCGGAUGGGCUCUGGAAAUCGCCCACGAGAUGGGAAUUCCAAGAGCUGCCCUUGUUCCUUAUGGACCGCCAACCUUGGCCAUCUCAUAUCAUGUUAAAAAGUUUUUUGAUGCCGGAAUUAUAGAUAACGAUGGAUAUGCAAUGCCGACGACUGAUGAGUUUAUAUGGAUAUCCGAGGGAACUCUUCCCUGGAAAAGAAAUAAAUACAACUGGAGUUGCCCAAAUGAACCAAAAAUACAAAAGGUUUUCCUGGAAAUUACUUGUGCUGUCUUCGAAACAGUCAGGAUUUCCAACUGGGUUCUUUCCAACUCGAUCUAUGAACUUGACUCAUCGAAUUGUGAUUUGGUUCCGAAAAUCUUACCCAUUGGGCCAUUACUUGCAAGCAAUCAUUCAGGAAAUUUGGCUGGAAGCUUAAUGCUCGAGGACUCAACCUGUUUACGGUGGCUUGACUCUCAAGCAAUAGGUUCAGUCAUCUAUGUUGCAUUGGGCAGCACAACAACCUUGAGUCGACAACAAUUUGAGGAACUGGCACUUGGUCUAGAAUCCUCAGGCCAGCCAUUUCUCUGGGUUGUUCGAUCAAACCUUGUGAAUGAAUCGCUGGCCAGAUUCCCAGAUGGUUUUAGAGAAAAACUUGCCGAUCGGGGGAAAAUCGUUGAAUGGGCAGCUCAAGAAAAGGUGUUAGCUCAUCCUUCAGUUGCUUGUUUCUUAAGUCAUUGUGGAUGGAAUUCGACUAUGGAAGGAUUAAGCAUGGGAGUACCAUUUCUGUGUUGGCCUUACUUCGCAGAUCAAUAUCAAAAUAGAAGAUUCAUUUGUGAAGUUUGGAAGAUUGGUUUAGAUUUAACCUCAGAUGAAAAUGGCAUUAUCUCUAGGCAAGAAAUACAAAGAAAGGUGAGAAAACUUAUCAAUGACGAUGCUAUCAAAUCAAAUUCAUUGAAGAUCAAGGAAAUGGCUGGAAAAAGUCUUCUUGAAGGUGGCUCUUCGUUCAUAAAUUUUGAGAGAUUUAUUGAUCAAGUGAAGUCUAAUUAAUGAUUUUGUUCAGUAAUCUUUAACGAUGCUGAGUAUUAUUGUGGAUCUUGCAUUUUAAUAGUGAGAAUAACUGACUAAUGUCAAAUAAAAUAGUUUAUUUUAAAACUUAUUAAGUUUAUGAGAUACUUGUUCAAAUUAUUUGUACUCUUGAAUGUAAAUAUGACAGAAGCAAUCGUUCGAGGUGUGCUUCCUA